CCCGUGGGGCUGCUGACAGUGACUGUGGGGAACGAUGCAGGAGGCCUAGGAAGAGCUGGGGUGAGCUGACCCAGCCGAGGGAGCAGAGAGACCCCUCCGAAGAGCAUCCGAGUCCUUGUGCAAAGAAGGCAGCGGCAUUCGGCCGUGCCCCCAGCCCUGCAGCAGAGAGGAAACCGCGGCCGGGUGAAGGAGGAGUGACUUGCAUGGGAGGAAGAGCUCAUGACCAGCUGUAUCUGCCCAAUGCUAGUACCAUGACAUAAGCUCAUUUUUUUCUCACUUCUCAAAAAACAGCACUUGCGGUGUCCUCUGAGAGCAGCCGUUCAGGGCAGAGUUGUUCUGCAUCCACCAAGAAGUCAAGAGACCUGUGUGCAGUGCCUCCGGCUCUCUCCUCCACACCAUGAAACCACCCGUCAUCCUUUACGUCCUCUUGGCUUUCCUAGACCAAGGCAGCUCUCUCCAGUGUGAAGUUUGCCAUGCGUUAGGGGACAACUGUCCUGGCUCCAUGGAGACCUGCAAACCUGGCCAAGAUACCUGUGGUAUUAUGAAAAUGGAACUGAUUUUAGAUGGAGUGAGGACGUGGACUUACUCAAAGUCCUGUCUCAGCUCUGAUGUGUGUCGCUAUGCUCAUUAUAGCAUGGACUAUGGGAAAGGAAUAAGAUAUAGAACCAGUAUCGCCUGCUGCACCGGGGAGGCCUGUCGAACUACAUCUGUCCAGUUGCCACCAGUGAACACCACUCUCAAUGGCUUGCAGUGUCCAGCGUGCUUCGGCGUUGGAUCUUAUGACUGUGACACCGAGACUACAUAUUGUACCGGGUCUGAGACCUACUGCUUUGAUUUCACAGGUUCACUUCACAGGAGGGAAGGCACUUUGAUCAAUGCAGUUAAAGGCUGCACCACUCUGUCUGAGUGCACAGCUCCAGAAGGAGAGCGGAAGUCAUUCCAUGUGUUCUCCACGGAUUUUAAUAGGUUUGAAUGCAAACCAGCCUCUCCUGCAGCCAGCAAGUCUUCUGGAUGGACCCUCCUAGCCACGCCCAGCUUUCCCAUCAUGGCUGGGCUCAUCUUGACAAAGACCAUUUCCUGAUGUUCCCAAGGCCCAAGAAAUGCAAGGUCUGAUGGUGCAAAACAUAAUGCUACAUAAUACUCUGCCUCCUUGCUUGUGUGUGACUCUUUCUGCUACGGCUUCUGUCCACGGGUGGUUCUUUUCCCUCUGGGUCUCUACACAAGACAUGGUCAUACUGAUGUGAAUGAGGAGAAAACACACAACAUUUCACCCUACUGUAUUCCCUUUUAUUACAAUCUAGGGUAGAGUUAUUCCAGAAAAAAUCAGAGGUUAAUCUUAUAUCCUCUCUUAAACUUGAUAUGCUUACAUUGGUGUAUGCAAGUCAUUUAGCCAAACCAGCAUUAAUGAGUCAUGUCCAGCUCAGCGUCUUGCAUGUGGUUAAUUUAUCAGGGUUUGUGAUGUGUUCUGUGGCUGUUUAUCCCAGGCUGGGAGGUAGGGACACACUGCUUAAUAGCCCUGCACAGCGCAGACAGCAGGUAGAGGAGAUCCUGAGAGAGCUCUAGUUUCAGUCUGCACAAAACAGGCUCAAAAGGAUCCCUCAGAAGUUUAUGCAGAGACUGAGAGAGAGUGAUAGCUCCAUGGGUACAUGCUUGUGUGUGUGUCUGUGUUGCAGAGUGCUGAUGUUCAUUCUGUGCAGGGGGCUUCAUUAUUGCCUAUGCUGUGAAUCCCUGAGCCUGUUUUGCAGGCCCUCAAAGUGGUGCAAUGUGCUGAUUGCAGGUUAUUGUAUAUGGUGCCACAUACUAAUUCUUCUGUAAAUAUGUAAUGUCUCAUUCAUAUUUACGUUUGCAUGGCAAUAAAUUUGCAUAUAGCUAA